AAGUAGAUGAGAGUGAGAAGGAAAGAGAGAAACUGAGGUAGUCAGGAGAAGAGAGGAGAGCAAAAGGGAAGAGCAACAAAAAAAGGAGCUUAGCAGAUCAGCCCAGUAGCAUUCCUCUCACAGCUGCACAGAUCCAGGCUGGGAGGGGAAGUUUAGCUCACCAGGAAGAGAAGAAGAAACAAGAAAUUGUUUUCUGGGUGAAACAAUCAGAAGACUCCCUUGCGAGGAAGGGGAACAAGAAGAAAGUGGAUUCAGAGAGGUGUGUCCUGCAGGGGAAGAUGGAUUCAGACUCCGGAGAGCAGAGUGACGGAGACCUGUCUCCAGGACAGGAGAGCUUCAACUCUCGCUCCCUGGCCCUGCAGGCCCAGAAGAAGAUCCUGAGCAAGAUGGCAACCAUGGUGGUGGCCAACAUGCUGACCGAUGACACCAGCAGCGAGAUCUUGGACGAGCUCUACAAGACGAGCCGGGAGUUCACCAAGAGCAAGAAGGAGGCCCACAAGAUAAUAAAGGACGUCAUCAAAAUCGCACUGAAGAUCGGCAUCUUGUACCGCAACCACCAGUUCAGCCCAGACGAGCUGGACACAGUGGAGCGCUUCAAGAAGAAGAUGAACCAGGCGGCCAUGACAGCGGUGUCGUUCUACGAGGUGGAUUACACCUUUGACAGGAAUAUUCUGUCAGAGCUUUUGAUGGAGUGCAGGGACCUGCUACACACCCUAGUGGAGCAGCACCUGACAGCGCGCUCACAUGCACGCAUUGAUCAUGUUUUCAACCAUUUUGCCCACGGGGAGUACCUGGCGGAGCUGUACGGGGACAGAGAGGAGUACAGACUCUCCCUGAGGAAGAUCUGCAACGGCAUCAACAAACUGCUUGACGAAGGGACGCUUUAACCUCACACACAUGCCAUGCCCUCUUUCACCGCUUGCUCUUUCUUCUCUUGCUCCUUCUCUUGCUGGUGUCUCCUGCCUCCUUCUUUUGCCUUUCACCCCUGACCGUACACUUCCUCUUCCUGUCUUUGCUCUCGUCUUCCUGUCUCUUCUUCAUCCAUUUCCAUGAAGCAAGCUGUAACAUCCUGCUGCUCUGGUUCCAUGAGGGAAUUUUAUUGACUGUCUUACCUCUCAGUGGAACAUUGCUACACACUGGGACAUCCUGUUUCAUGUUGUAUGCAUUAGAGCAUUCCCUUUAUGUGCAAAAGUGUACUGUACCAAUGGCCAAAAAGCAUACAUUAGGUAUAGUUGGAUAUGGAAGAUAAUCAGUAGUAGGUUCUGUGUGUGUGCGUGCAUGCGUGCGUGCGUGUGUGUGUGUGGGUGUGGGUUUCACUUGAACAAUGUGUAUUAUGUGACUGUGUCAAUCUUCUCUACAAGGGUGUAACACUUGUCUUUUAUUAAAGAUUUCUUGUAAACAG